ACUGUGUUCCCCCCCCCUCAAAUCUAGAAAAAACCUAUGGGAUGUGUGUGUGUGGGAGAAGCUUUUAGGUCAGCUAGUGGAACACAGAGUCAUCAUGAAGAGGGACAUCUUUGCCAUCCUUACCAUUCUUGGGAUAUACAGUGCAAUUUUCAACAUAUCCGCAUGGUCAGUCAACAACUUUCUGAUGACAGGAACCCAGGCAUAUCUGACAUACUCGUCCAGUGUUGCUGCCGGUGCCCUACGUGGGAUUGAAGAAUGCAAGCACCAGUUUGCCUGGGAACGCUGGAAUUGUCCUGAAAGCACACUGCAGCUCUCCACUCACAAUAAACGUAGAAGUGCUACCAAGGAGACGUCUUUUGUUCAUGCCAUUAGCUCAGCUGGUGUAAUGUACACUCUUACCAGGAACUGCAGCAUGGGGGAGUUUGAAAACUGUGGUUGUGAUAACUCAAGAAAGGGGCGCGCAGGUGGAAAAGGAUGGGUUUGGGGAGGAUGCAGUGACAAUGUGGAAUUUGGUGAAAGAAUUUCCAAAACAUUUGUGGAUGCUUUGGAGACAGCACAUGAUACCAGAGCUUUAAUGAAUUUGCACAAUAAUGAGGCAGGAAGACUGGCUGUAAAAGCAACCAUGCAGAAGGCUUGCAAGUGUCAUGGAGUCUCCGGGAGCUGUAGCAUCCAAACCUGCUGGCUUCAGCUUUCAGAUUUUAGAGAAAUUGGAAAUUACCUGAAGAUCAAAUACCGCCAAGCUCAGAAGCUGGAGACGGACAAGAAGAGGAUGAGAGCAGCAAACAGUGCAGACAGUCGUGGAGCCAUCCCCGAGAGCUUCAGUGCUUUGCUAGCCAGUGAUCUUGUUUACUUGGAGGACUCUCCAAACUACUGCAUCAGAAACAUGAGCUUGGGCCUCCAUGGCACCGAUGGACGGGAGUGCCUGCAGGGUGGCAAGAACCUGUCCCAGUGGGAAAAGAGGAGCUGUAAGAGGCUCUGUGUGGAGUGUGGGCUGAAAACAGAGCCCAGAGAGACAGAAAUUGUCACCAACUGCAACUGCAAGUUCAUCUGGUGUUGCACGGUGAAAUGUGAACAAUGCAAAGAAGUGGCCACCAAACAUUACUGCUCCAGAAGAGACGGCUCUUCUUCCAAUAACACCCGGAGGCGGAACAAGGGACAGAAACCAGUGACUCUUUAACCACUGCCUAUGUCUGUCUUCCAGCAGACUGAUUCAAAGGGUCUUCUGAGUGGUUCAUUUGUUAAGUUUGUUAACUAAGUGCCAUAUUUCAGGCAUUUUCCCCCCAUCGGAGUAUCCAGAAAAGCUUAAUAUACCUAGAUCAUGUUCACCCAAGUCCUUUUUAUUCUAUUCUGGACACAUCUUCAAUAUUCUGGUCCAAAAAGGUACUCAUUCUGAGUAUCUCCCAUAUAAAAUUUUAUACCUCAUACCACCUCUACUCCAGAUGCCUUAUUUCCACACCAUUUAGACAAAUAUUCUGCCCUACAAGAUGUCCUUAUAUGGGGGUCUAUGGUUCAGACUGUAGCCUUGGAUUUUGAGGGUUUCACUUUUUUCUGCUGCUUCUGAGGGACAGGCUGUUAGGAUAAGAAAGCCACAUAUCCCAUUCUUUCAAUGUAAUGUGAUCUUUAAGCUUAGAUUGUAGACUUCCAUGGCUUCAUCCUUAGUUGUAAGCAGCAGCCCAACACACACGUACACACUUUUGUCACUUUAUUUUGUAUUUCUGGUUGAAAAACCUUUAUUUUUGGAAGUACCAGAUGCAAAGGUCUGCAGGCCAGAUUUCAGUGUUGUUGAAGCUAAAUUUGUAAAAUUAAUUUUCCCUCAUUGCCCCGGGCUGGUUUACAAAGUCAGUGUCCCCAUUAAAUCCAUUAAAAUUCCACCAAAAUACCACCACUUGACGGGAAAAUAUUGGUUGUCUGAAUCCUUACAACAUAAGCUAUUUUUAUUUUGGAAUGUAUCCUAUAAAAUUUACAGGAAUUCUGGGAAUCAGAAUUUGGAUGGCUUACAAAUUCUGUACAAAGUGUAAAGAGGAAGCUUGUUUGUA